GAUUGCACUAUUAAUUCAUUUUGGGGUUUCCCCAAUGACGAUAAUUACAAUUGGUGGUUUCAGUUUCCUUAAUCAAAUAUCUAUUAUUAGUGCCUACAACAUACUAUUUGCAGGUAUUUACCUCCGCAACACGUAUAAGCACCACAUUCAAAGAAAAUUAGACGUCUAAGAGGAAAGAAGUUAUCACCUAGGAUGGCCACGGGUCUACGAGUUAUUCGAGGACGUGAUUGGCUGUCGGGUGACGUCGACGGGGGUGAAGGUCAUCUUGGAACGGUGGUGUCAUACGGAAAAGAUGAAACAGCUGAAGUGAUCUGGGACAAUGGAAAACAAACUGUGUCAAGCAUUGGGAAGGAUAGCAAAUACGAGCUGAGGGUUGUAGACAAUGCUCCUGUAGGAGUUUGCCAUCAGACUGUCACUUGCGGCGGCUGUGGAGAGAUCGGGGUGAUUGGAAUACGAUGGUCGUGUGGCCAUUGUACCAGCUUUCACUUGUGUUCUUUGUGCUACGUCACGGGAAAGCAUGACCUCUCUCACAACUUUGUGCGUCACGACACGCCCACAUCUACGGGGUAAAUUAUCUCU